AUUCCAGUGGUUAAUGUGUCAUUAUGUCUUUUAAAAGCAUCACCAAGAGAAGUAAAAGCUGAAGAGAAAUCACCAAUUUCCAUUAAUGUGAAGACAGUCAAAAAAGAACCUGAGGAUAGACAACAGGCUUCCAAAAGUCCUUACAACGGUGUAAGAAAAGACAGCAAGAGAAGUAGAAACAGCAGAAGUGCAAGUCGAUCAAGGUCAAGAACACGAUCGCGUUCUAGAUCUCAUACUCCAAGAAGACAUUAUAAUAAUAGGCGGAGUCGAUCUGGAACAUACAGCUCGAGAUCAAGAAGCAGGUCCCGCAGUCACAGUGAAAGCCCUCGAAGACAUCAUAAUCAUGGUUCUCCUCACCUUAAGGCCAAGCAUACCAGAGAUGAUUUAAAGAGUUCAAAUAGACAUGGUCAUAAAAGGAAAAAAUCUCGUUCUCGAUCUCAGAGCAAGUCUCGGGAUCACUCAGACGCUGCCAAGAAACACAGGCAUGAAAGGGGACAUCAUAGGGACAGGCGUGAAAGAUCUCGAUCCUUCGAGAGAUCCCAUAAAGGCAAGCACCAUGGUAGCAGUCGCUCAGGACAUGGCAGGCACAGGCGCUGACUUUCUCUUCCCUGGAGCCUGCAUCAGUUCCUGGUUUUGCCUGUCUACAAUGUAUGAUGUAUGGACUCCAAAAAAUCAAAACAUUAAAGGCAAAUGGAUUAGGAUUUGAUUUCUUCAAAACCCUCUAGGUCUCUAGAAAUACUGAGGACAUUUUCUUUUUAAAAGAACUAUGUUAAAUUUUUUUUGCACAUUAAAAUGCCCUAGCAGUAUCUAAUUGAAAACCAUGGUCAGGUUCAAUUGUACUUUAUUAUAGUUGUGUAUUGUUUAUUGCUAUAAGAACUGGAGCGUGAAUUCUGUAAAAAUGUAUCUUAUUUUUAUACAGAUAAAUUGCAGACACUGUUCUAUUUAAGUGGUUAUUUGUUUAAAUGAUGGUGAAUACUUUCUUAACACUGGUUUGUCUGCAUGUGUAAAGAUUUUUACAAACAAAUAAAAUACAAAUCUUGUUUUUCUAAACUGCUUCAAAUAUCUUAUUUAAAUAAAUUAUUAAAAAGGAAAAAUUUUAAUAGCAAAA